AUGGCCCUUAUCUCCUAUCAAUAUGAGGAGACGGGGCCACCAACAGGUCAGCUUGAUGGCAUGUGGCUGAACGCAGAUUGUCCUUGGGAAGUAUACAGUGUCACAGGCCAUCGAGUGAGACGGACAAACUCUCAUGGCACCCGAGAGUUUAGCAUCCAGUGGGAUCCAGCACGGAGCUCGUGGCAAUGGGGAACGCAUGGUCGGCUCAGUAUGCAAUGGCUUGGGGUGGACUCGAUCGCAUGGGUGCCAGAUAUGUGUGAACAUCAGAAUGGUCGCGUGUGGAGAUGGCGACGUGUGCAGCCCAGUCCUCCAGUCACAAUGCAUCCACGCAGGAACGACUCCCGAGCAGUGACGAUGGCUCCUAGAGACCUCCAUCGAUCUCGGGAGCGGCGAUCAAGUCGAAGCCGAAGCCAGGGCCGGCACUGGCACAGCCAUGGCCACAGCCACAGCCGCUACAGCCGCAGUCGGAGGAACUUUUCGGAUGCACAGCUACCAUGUGGCUUGACGCACCGUGAGAUCUACAGCUUGCUCUCCCGUGAGAUAACGCCCGAGGACUACGAGAUGUUACUGCGCCUUGAUGACGCCGUCCCCAAGGCCAAGCCUGCAACCGAAGAAGAAACCAAUGAAUUUCUCAAAGUAGUCCCCGUGCAAGAGGUUCUUGGUAAAGAAUGUCCGAUCUGUCUUUCCCCAUUUAAAGAGGAUGACAGUGUGGCAGCAGUGCCCUGUGUCUGUGCUCAUACUUUUCACAGAGAAUGCAUUUCUACUUGGCUCUCCAAUUACCGGAGAACCUGCCCACUGUGUUGCACGGAGCUCGAAAGAGCCUAA